AUGUGUAGGUUGGCGCAACAUUGCUCGUGACUCUACCAUUGGCGAGGCAAGAAAGAGAAAGUAAAAACAGUAAAAAUGCCACGCGGACCGCCUCGCCGCGUCGUACACUUUCCUAUAGCUUAUCGAGCAACACGCGUAAGUUCACGUAAGUGUUGCGUGCGUUGCUCGUGGAAGAUACGCGCGAUAGAAAAGCUGCGGAAAGCGGAAGCGAAACAGUAGGACACGAAAGCACACGAUAGGAUAUCAGUUGCCGAAUUGUUCAGUGAUACUGCUUAGAACACCUCCAGCCGGACUAUGGAAACAAGUGCGCCUGCAACUUCGCCAUCCAAGCAACACAAAACAUGUCGGCUUCAAGUCCGUUACCUAAUGAGCUGUAUGAUCUCGCUUGGACUCUUCCUGGUGUAUUCAAUGAGGGUGAAUCUCAGUGUGACCAUAAUUGCCAUGGUCAACAUGACAGCCGUGAAUGGCAACUCAAGCCGUGCAUCAAACGCCAGCUGUCCUGUUCCUUACCAUAAUGCAUCAUAUAUAAGUGGAGGUGAUGAGUCAGGUGAGGGAGAAUUCAUCUGGGACCCUGUGAUGCAAGGAUACGUGUUAAAUGCCUUCUUCUAUGGGUACAUCAUAACACAAAUUCCUGCUGGGUGGCUUUCGGAGGUCAUCAAUCCCGCAUGGAUCUUUGCAGCAGGUGUCGGCAUCACGUCGCUGCUCACUCUUGCCACUGCAGUGGUGGCAAGAGCCAGCUUCGGCGCAUUUCUUGCUCUUCGGGUUCUCGAAGGCAUCGCUGAGGGCGUGACCUUUCCAUCUACAUUUGCCAUCGUGGCUCGCUGGUCACCCGUGCAGGAACGCAGCUUCCUUAUUGCCAUCAGCACGCUAGGCAGCAUUAUCGGUACUGCUGUGACACUACCUAUUUCUGCCGUGCUGUGCCAGUACGGCUUUGCUGGUGGCUGGCCUUCAGUAUUCUACCUCACAGGUCUCCUAGGCUGUGUGUGGUUUGUCUUCUGGAUUCUUAUUGCAUCUGACAGGCCAGAAAAGCAUCGCUUCAUUUCUCAAGAGGAGAAGAAGUACAUCAUAGACUCACGUGAUGCAACAUUUUCAGUGCACAGGUCUGUCCCUUGGGCAAGCAUACUGACAUCACGAGCUGUCUGGAUGAUUACCCUCAUCAAGUUCUGUAGUGCAUGGAGUUUCUACACACUGCUUACUGAACUGCCCAGCUACUUAGCUGAUGUGCUGCACUUUAACAUCCAGAGCAACGGAUCUCUGAAUGCGAGUGUCUACUUGUGUCAGAUGCUUGCGGGCCUUGGGAGCAGCUACUUAGCUGAUUAUUUGCGAAAGAAGGAAUUUCUUGGUGUGACAAAUGUGAGAAAAGUCUUUGAGAGUAUUGGAUUGCUUGGACAGGCCAUUGGCUUGGUUGGUGCCACAUUUGCGGGCUGCGACUGGAAGUUGGCUUUUGCAAUGCUCUUAGUUUCCUCCACAUCUGGUGGUGCACUAUAUGGCAGUGAAAGUGUGCUACCUAUAGAUGUUGCUGCAGAAUUUGCUGGGGCUGUCAUGGGCCUGGCCAACUGUAUCUCUAACAGUGCUGGCAUAUUCACACCUCUUGUUGUUGGCUACCUCACAGAAAACAGUGAAAGCACUGAACAGUGGAACAAGGUCUUCUUCACGUCUGCUGGUGUGGUCGUCUUUGGGGCGGUGGCAUUCCUCCUUUUUGGCACGGCCGAGGUGGAGCCUUGGGCACACCAGCCAUGCGGCUCCAUCAACGACUCGUGCUCGCUUCUGGUCCCCGCUGAUGAGGCAGCAGGAGACAGCAACUCAGUCUCACAGACUGCAGAGACUACAUAACUGAUCUGUGUGCAGGUGUUGUCUGUGACAUUCGAGAAUCAGCCACAGCUGGUUUUAAGGUUGUCAGUUAGCAUCACCGACACUUAUAGUGACACAAAAAUGGGAUCUUUCUCAACCUCUGAGGAAUGACUAACAUGUGAAUUACUACUGAUUAAGGUAGAUUGAACAGCACUGAGUGCUAAGGAAGACAGCGUAAGAUAGAAUAGGAAAACCAGCUGAUAUGGCUCUUAAUUUGGUGUGUGUAGUACUCUAGGUUCAGCUUCUACCCGUUGUGUAGGCUAUAUAUUCAGCACUGAAAGUUGAAAGAUAGGAUCACAACUCUGUGAGCGAGCUGAUGAAACACUAGGAACUCCUUUUGGAGUGACGAAUAAGUGCCUUGAAAUAUUUCUUGUGGCUGAUACUUGCCAUGUGCAGAGUGAUCACGGAAACAAAAAAAAAAAACAAAACAAAAAAACAUUUGGUGGUAUCCAACGCAUAUGUGUGAAUCGUUAAUAAGCGAAGCUUUCUUUGAUGAUUACUGAAAUGUUUUCACUUCAUUUCCCCUGCUUCUUCCCUUCUAUGUAGCUCAAUGCUCCUUGCUCAAUGCGCACUCUAGUCAUAUUUUGUUCACUUCACUUCAUUCUCCACACUUGGCUGCUUCUGUUGCCAAAUUCAUCACUUCUUGCCUCCUUUUGUGCUUGUAUAUUUGUGCACCUACCCAGCGGCACUUGCCCAGCUGUACAUUCCCAUUGGCCCAAGUUGUACACUCAGCCAGCACCUGCAAAGUGAGAGGAAAAAGCAAAGAAAAUUUUAAAAUUUACUCUGUGAGAAACUGACUUGUGUCUGACAGAUGUAUUGCAUGUGUCUGUGUGGCUCACAUUUAAGGCUGCAAAAAUAUGACAGUUAAAAUAGAGAUGCGUGUCGCGCUUUGUAUGCUGUAUUAGGUUCUCUGACACAACAUAAUGGUCCUUGUGUUUAAUGUACUGCUGGAUAACGGCUAGGUCAACGUUGACGAGUUUUUUUUUAUUUUUGAGAACUUCUCUGCAGUUCUUGAAGGCUGCUGUAGCGUACACAUAUACAGGGUGUCCCAGCUAUCACGCAGCACGAUUAAAAAAAAAAAGAGGGACGGCGUUACGCGAAGAAAACCUAGUGCGUAUUGUUUCAAGUAGAGGGGAGUAUCCGCCAGUAAUUUUUUUGUUACUGAUCUUUAAUUAUGUAAUUGUAAUUAAUUAUCUAACUCGAGAAGGGCUGUUCUAAUUAUCAAAGUGUCAAUGAGAAGAUUGUAGAUCAACAUGAAAAAUUCCCAAUACAGCUUUCUGCUGCUCAAUACCUACUACAUAAAUUAAAAGAAACGAAGUAAAAGUAAAAGAAGCCCGCGAAUACACGCAGAAUUGCCGCGCGACUGGCCGCUCAAGGCACUUUGCGUGUAAAGAGUAAAAGAGCCGCAAAGAGUAAAGACACGUCUAAAAAUGCUCGGAUUGAUGUCACAUUUCUCUGGGAGGUUCCCGUAAACAAAGUAAAUUAGUGGCUUUCAAAAAAAAAAUUUGGUAAAUUUUGGUCAGGUUGGGAAUCGAACCUGGGCUUCCGCGGUGCGAGACAAGCACGCUUCCCUGAAGCCACAGCUAGUCCACGGUUGCAUGCGUCACGGGGUCACAAAGACGUGCUUGUGCCACUGCUCGUGCGUUCAUCGUCGUAGCUGGCUUUGAUGCCACUGAUCAUGUGAGCGUUCCCAUACUGCCCCUCGCGCUCAUGUCACUGCUUGCGCGUUUGUCGUCGUCUUCUUCCACAGCUGGCAGGCCUUCACGUUUUGCACACGUGUAACAACUUACUUACUUUUUUUUUUUUAAUGUGUUUGUUCCGCACAAAAAUACAAGUAGGUUCCAAUACUUUUCAUAAUGCUUUUACUUGGUAGUGAACAUACCGUAGUAUACUUGAGUGAGAAUGUGGGUGAGACUAUAAAGAGAUAUUUUAUUUGUUCUGACAUGCCUGAGCCACUAAUUGUACAUAAUCUCAAGCUCGCCUUCUCAGCCACAGAAGUGUUGUGCGGAGUGGUGUGUUUACCUGCUUCCAUGUAGUUGUUUGGUUGGGUGCAUCUAUUCAUGGUGCAAGUUGCUUAAAUACAUGAUGUAAAUUACACACUUAUGGCAGGCAGAGAUUGACAUCAGUGUAAGCAAAUUAUGAAAGCAUUGCUUAUUACAAGUAUUGUAGAAUAACUUGCAUAUUUAAGUGAUACAUAGAUGGAAAAAGUUUGAUAGAAUUCUAGUGUUCAGCCAUGUCAUUUUUAAUUUUUUUUAAAAUCAUUUUUACCUGUGUGCCUUGCUUUGAUCAUUUAUACCUGUAUAUAUUUGCUGUGAUCAUUUAUACUUUGACUGUAAAGUCAUGAAUAUAUGCCUAUUUUAUGAUAAAUAAAUGCUUGUGUACAUACUCGGAAAGAGUUGGUUGUCUCUCUCUUUUGCGUGCUGUAGACAGCAGGACACUACUAAUCAAUUUCUUGGAGGUAAAGCUACUGAGCUGCUAGAUAAGGCAGAAAACUAAACUAUGGAAUAUUGCACU